GGUCCCCCUCCUCCCUCACCCCCGGCCCGCUCCGAGUCUCGCGAUAACUUUGUGGCUUAUAAAGGCAGCGCCCCGCGCGCUCGGGCGUCGUCUUCCUGCGGUUGCACCGUCGUGUGUGUGGGACCUGUUGCUCGACUCUGCAGAUAGAAAGAUGUCUUCAGGAAAUGCAAAAAUUGGGCAUCCUGCCCCCAACUUCAAAGCCACAGCUGUUAUGCCAGAUGGACAAUUCAAAGAUAUCAGCCUAAGUGAAUACAAAGGAAAAUAUGUUGUGUUGUUCUUUUACCCUCUUGAUUUUACUUUUGUUUGCCCCACGGAGAUCAUUGCUUUCAGUGAUAGAGCAGAAGAAUUUAAAAAACUCAAUUGCCAAGUGAUUGGAGCUUCUGUGGAUUCUCACUUCUGUCAUCUGGCAUGGAUUAAUACACCCAAGAAACAAGGAGGAUUAGGACCCAUGAACAUUCCCUUGCUAUCAGAUCCCAAGCGUGCCAUUGCUCAGGAUUAUGGAGUCUUGAAGGCUGAUGAAGGUAUCUCUUUCAGGGGCCUCUUUAUUAUUGACGAUAAAGGCAUCCUUCGCCAGAUCACUAUAAAUGAUCUUCCUGUUGGCCGAUCUGUGGAUGAGAUUCUGCGACUGGUCCAGGCUUUCCAGUUCACUGACAAACAUGGUGAAGUGUGUCCAGCUGGCUGGCAACCUGGCGGUGAUACCAUCAAGCCUGAUGUCCAGAAGAGCAAAGAAUAUUUCUCUAAGCAGAAGUGAGCACUGAACCAUUUUUCUGCCAGGCAACAUUGAGAAGCCAGAAGAAAAACUCACGCUUAAACACAAAUGUAGUUUGAUUCAAGAUAUGCCUUUCCUUACAGGGUUGGGGUGGUUAGCCUUCCACUAUUGGUAAUGGCCUGAAGUCUGUUGUAGGUAGACCAUUUGAUUUACCAGUCACGGAAAUCAGCCUUUUUUAUUUUUUAAUUGUCUAUUAAACGUUAACUCUAAGAA